AUGGCCAACUCAAAGAAAACGGCGCGCGGCAAACCGACCGCAGCCAAGCAGAAGACCGCCGAACCCAUCGCGACAACCAAAGCAGUCGCACCAGCCGAUCCCACCGCAACCACCGAUCCUGACGCGACCACCGAGCCCGCCGCUCCGGCCAAGCCCGUCGUCGCUCCCGUCAACGCUGACGGCGAAUAUGAGGUAGUGGACGAGCUGAAGACGAUCAAGGCGUAUGCCGACGACCACAAGGGCAUUCCCUCUCAUUGGGAUGUCAAAGCCAUCAAGGCCGCUCGGAUCAAGUUUAGGAAGGGGGAUGGCGUUAUGCUCAAAGAUCAGUUGAUGCCCUACUUUCCUGAGCCCAGCAUCUGGGCGUCAAUGUACGAGGAGGAUUGGUGCUUGAUAUCCUACGUUAUGGGCUUCAAGCCCGCGAAGGGAUUAAGGCUUGCUAAGAAUCCGUUUAACGAUAUGAAGUGGCGCGAGCAAUUUAUGGAACCUCCUAUUAAUAUGCUCAAGGCUGUGAGGAUCCCGGUUCUUAAGAAAUCCUUUAACUUUGACGUCUUCCCUAGGAAUGAGGUUUUUGCCGAACCCUUACCUCUUGACGAAUGGUGGUAUAUUGAAGGACCUAAGUUUGUUUGGCAUUGGGACGGAGUGAAAGCGACGAAGUCCUCUCGAGUUACUCGCUCGACCCCGACCGCAGUCAAAAAGGAGAAGGCAAGUGACGAAGUCAUUAACACCAAGACCGGAGAGAACGAGAGCUCCAGCAACGUUGACGCCACCAAGCCUGCCGCAUCGAAGGAUGUCGCCAUCAGCACCGAGACGGGAGAAAGCAAGAACACCAUCAACGUUGAUGUCACCAAGCCUGCCGCAUCGAAAGAUGUCGCCAUCAAGACCGAGACUGGGAAGAGCAAGAUUGACGUCACCAAGCCCGCCGGAUUAAAAGAUAUUGCCGUCACCACCGGAACUGAGACCAUCAACAUUGACACCACCAUUAGCGAUCCAGUCGUCAAGCAGCAGGCGGAUAAGCCGUUGAUCACUAUUCCCAACGACGUAAUUGAGAUUAUAGACUCUGACUUGGAGUGGGAGCCUCCCGUCAAUAUUGCUGAUGAGGUGGUUACUGUGGCUAGUAUGAACAAACCUUUUUUCGACUUCGCGGCGGUCACCAAAAAGGAGAUGAAGGACUAUGUUGACGCGGCCAUGGAUGGAUUGCCCAACGAGGACGAUAUCAAUGCGGAGAUCGAGAAGAUUGGCAGAGGCAUGAAGAAGCUUAAGCGUAAGUAUCGCGAGAUGGAGAAGAAGAACGAGGAUUUGGAGGAGGAGUGCAAGGAGUUGAACGAGAAGCUGGGCGCGGCCUUGCAGAGGAUCACGGAGUUGGAGGGGCGAGAGGCCAAGAGACAGAAGGUCGCGGACAUGGAGCAGAAGGAGAUUGAGGAGGAGCAGCCCGAGAAGAAGAGGCUUAAGGAGGAGGAGCUCGAGAAGAAGAGGCUUGAGGAACAGAGGCUCGAGGAGGAGAGACUUGAGGAGCAGAAGCUCGAGGACGCGAAGAAGCUUGAGGCCAAGGUUGUCGGCAGGAACCCCAAUGCCUUCAUCACUGAUGAGGUCGCGCAGCGCAUGGAGCGCCAGGAGAAACAGAUCAACGUUGACGACGGACACUUGAUAGUGAAGCACGGCCUGUACUCUUUCUUCUACGGAGAUGGAGUUGUCGUGCGCUGGGUCGGCAAACCGAACAACGUUCGCAAUGGAGUUUGGGUUCCGGCAAGGAAGGUCUGA